UUUCAUCAGAUUUCUGGAGAUCUGGGGGUAUUGAUGCUACAUGAAGAAGGGCUGAUCACAGGUUAAAGGGAGUGAUUGAGACAUGAAGAGUUUGCAGUGUGCUGGAUUCUUCUUGCUGUCACUGCUCCUGGAGUGUACAGAAGCCAAAAAACAUUGCUGGUACUUUGAAGGUUUAUAUCCAUCAUAUUACAUAUGUCGAGCAUAUGAAGACUGCUGUGGAUCCAGGUGCUGUGUACGUGCUCUUUCCAUUCAGAGACUAUGGUAUUUCUGGUUCCUGUUGAUGAUGGGAGUUCUGUUUUGUUGUGGAGCAGGAUUCUUCAUAAGAAGGAGAAUGUACCCUCCUCUGCUUGUUGAAGAACCUACAUUUAAUGUAUCGUACACAAGGCAAACUCCUGGGCCUCCACUAGGACCUCCGCAGCCAGGGAUGCCCUAUUACUCAGAUCCAGGAGGAAACCCAACUCCUGCUCCCUCUUUUCACUUGCAGCCGAACUCACCACAAGGGAACCCAGCAUUUCCACCUCCCCCUUCCUACUACAACACACCUCCACCACCCUACGAGCAAGUGGUGAAGUCUUGCAAAUGAAGCACUUUUGCACAUGGUGGUAAUUUUUCUUAAAAUUGACUUUUUACAACUGUUUCCACUUCAUCGCAAGGAGGACUAUCCCUUGGCAUGUUACUUGCUCUGCUGGCAUCAAAGCAUCGUGUGCCUUGGCCGGGCCCGGGAAAUGGAACAAAUCUUUCUAGAAAAUGGUUGCAGUAUGACCAGUUUUCAACUGCUUAUGUUACCUUCUCAGCACAAGCAUGGGGUUUGAAGAAUAAAUGCACUCCUCCAUUGCUGAAAAGGCUUUCUUUUUUUUUUUACACGUUCAUGGUAUGUGGUUCUUUCAUUGUAACAAUGUUGGUGGUGUGCAGUACAUAUCAUUGCCUAUUAUACCUGAGCGUGCAAGCAGAUUGUGCAGUAUGUACAUUUAAAGGCAUGUUCUUCAUGGAAACCAUAUUGGAUAAUUUGUCGUUCUCAUCCCGAUUACAU